GCAGGUGAAAGGAAGGGAGGGGGCGCUGUGCCCGCGCAUGCGCAACAGGGAACCGGGUCGUUUUUGGGCGAGGAAGAUGGCGGACGAUAAGGAUUCUCUGUCGCAGCUGAAAGAUCUUACUUUUUUGAAGGAUCAGUUGGAAAACUUGAGAAGAAGAGUAGAAAAUGAGGCUCACGCUGGAGUGGGACAGGAUGGCACUUUGCUGGCAUCUCCAUUUUUCAAAGGGUUCCUUGCUGGGUAUGUUUUAGCCAAACUCAGAUUCUCAGCAAUCGUGGGAUUUUUGGUGGGCACUUGUACUGGAGUGUAUGCUGCUCAGACCUACGUCGUUCCCAAUAUGGAAAAGGUAGUCAAAGACUGCUUCAACUCAUUGAGAAAAGGACCAGAUUAGAAGAGAACUCACGUAGCGAUUCACUCCAGAAAAGCUCCUCCAUUUGUGUCUCAACUCUGCAUAGGUCAUGGGCAUCUGUCUCCUCUUUCAGCAUUCAUAUUAUUUAGAAAGUGUUUUAUAUUGGAUUAUACAUAACAAUCACAAUUAUGACAUUUCAGCAGGUCUGACUUCAGUUGUUCUCAACUGCAUUGUGAGAAUUUUUUGGCCAUGCUGGGCCUUAGAUCAUUUCAGCAUAUCAGCUUGGCCCCCUAUGGGUUUCUCUCUCUCUCUCUGAUGUGUCUGCAGUGUCAUUGUAACGAAGAAACGGGCAACCAUUAAGUCCCUGUCCUGCUUAAGACUCUCAGAACCUACCACAUACCUGUAUCCUUGCUCAGAAAACAAGAUCUGAAAUUGGUAACAUUCAAGAUGCCAAUUCCUCCCCCUCCCCCUUUUAUCAUGUUGAAUACUAUACUGGCAUAUACAUCUCAUAGAGACUAUUUCUGUCUUGCUGAUCUAAUUAUUAAAUUUGCUGUGUACUUUUCUUCCUGAUGAUGUAAAUCGUAAAUAGAAAUAAUCAAAACAACAAAUAAUUAUUUCUUCGGGCCAUAGAAAGUAAAGACUGAUCCUCCCCCUGUCUCCCCAUAUCACAGAAAUGUUAUUUGAUAACAUUUGUGCUGCUGGAAGCCUGGUCAGCUCUGCUGCUCCUAUCAUACCUGAGAAAGUCCUGUGGGGGCUGAUGUUGAUCCUCUCUAUUGUCAUCUAUGGCUCCCAUGCUCCACUCUUGACUCUCAGUAAAGAAGAUGGCCAAAUCCCAUUUAGUGCCUCCUCUGUAGUGGUGUUGAUUGAGUUAACCAAGUUAGUGCUCUCCUUAGUGUUCCUGCUAAUUUGGGACAGGAGACAACUAAGAAUCUCUGUGUCCUGGUAUCAUGCGGCCCCCUUUGCUCUCUCAGCAUUGCUGUAUGCAGCCAACAACAACUUAGUGGUACAUCUGCAGCUGUUCAUGGAUCCUAGUACCUUCCAGGUGCUGAGCAACUUGAAAAUUGGCAGCACUGCCCUCCUUUUCAGCAUAUUCUUGCACCAAAGAUUGACUCUACGCAAGUGGCUAGCUCUUUUCCUGCUAACAGCAGCUGGUGCAUUUUAUACAUACGGAGGCCUGCAGGACCCACAGCACUUGCCUGUCUCCGAGAUGCAACUGCACAUCACUCCUGUUGGCCUGAUGCUGAUGUUUCUGUAUUGCCUGAGCUCAGGCCUUUCGGCUGUCUAUACAGAAGUUGUCUUGAAGACCCAGGACCUGCCUCUUAACCUCCAAAAUUUGUUUCUUUAUUUUUUUGGUGUUUUGGUGAAUGUGAUCAUCCAUCUGACAAGUAGCCCAGCCACUGGGUUCUGGGAAGGUUUUUCUUUUUGGGUGCUGUUGGUUAUUGUAAGCCAAGCUCUGAAUGGCCUAAUCAUGUCUGUAGUAAUGAAGCACAGUACUAACAUUACCAGACUUUUUGUGAUUUCCUGCUCCAUAACAGUUAAUGCUGUACUCUCUGUCUUUCUAUUUAGCCUGCACCUCACAGCCUUUUUCUUUCUUUCUGUACUGUUGAUUGGCUUGGCUGUUAACUUGUAUUAUGGAGUCAAGUAGUUUCCGUGCUUCUUUCUGUUAAGAGAAGCCACUGUGUGGAAGUAACCCUCUGUCUGAGAUGUGUCAUCAGGAUUAUAGUGAGUGUCAGUAUUAUACAAAUUUUCGUUUCAUUCACCCCCUGUGAAUGAGGAAAGAGAGGACAGCGUGCCAUCUAUAUGUACCCCCUUGGCUUUUUUGGCCCCUACACACACAUAUACACAGGCCUGCUUCCAAUGAAUUUUGGCGGUGUGAUACGAGAAAAAGAUUUUUUUUCAUAAUUUUAGAGGGGAAGGGUGCUCCAGGGACCCUUUAGUAAGUGGAAUUCUGCUUUAAAACAAGUUUUUUUUUAAAUGAUACAUUGUUUCCUGAAAAUAAACAUUUCCAGUUCUUAUUUUUUAAGCUUCCAGUUGCUAAUGGAUCAUAGAAUUUCAGUGGCAGGGAGGGAGGUGUAGCCCACUGUAAUAGGGUUAAAUUGGUCAACAUUUGCAUUAUAUUAUUCUUUUAUCCUUCUCUUUGCCUUUGGAAAAUAUAUUUACUCACUGGCUGGGCUGCAGCUUGAACUUCAAUAUUCUUAUAUUAAGUUUGUAAUUAAUUGUGUAACACAAGGUGAGGAAGCAGACAAUGGGCCCUUUUUACUAGGGAUUAGUCCAGGUAGGGGAAGGGUUGAUUGAGAUAUAUAGAUAUUUCUGUUACUAAUGAUAAUAAUGGGGUCUUGUAUAGUAAUCUGCUUACGCUUAUCAUGCUCCUUAUCUAAGACUUAGAUUCUGCAGAAAGAUAAGUGUAAGUUUAGAAAGGAAAAAGAAUUAGUGCAAGUUUUCUCAGAAGCAGUAGAAUCUUUAUGAGCCUGGAAAAAGGGAAGUCCUGUGUAUUGACAGCUUUUUAAACACACUCAAGCUGAAAUCCUGUUGCUUUAACUUAUUACAUAAUCAGUCAUUAUGUUGCUUUUAAAUUUUAAAAAAAUCCUUUCUCCACCCCCACCCCCUCAACAUCCUGAGGCUCCCAUGGGCUCUCUUCAUUGUUGGGGACAGGGCAUUGCAGAAUGGAAGAGAGCUCUUUAAUUUUCAAAAUAUUAUUCUAGCAGAUAAAAUCCUCACAGUGGUGAUUGUUGAAAAUUAAAGAUGUCCUCCCCAUCACACAGCCCCCAAUAACCUCCUGAUGACAAAAGGGGACCAGUGAGAAACUCAGGGACUUUGGGGGCAAUUGGAUUUCUUUUAAAAUCUCAUGACUGAUGACAUAAUCAGCCUUACACAGUGCAAGUUUAGGCAACAGGAUUUCAGUCUAUUUCAUCACUGCAGAGAAAAUGUUUUCUUUUUGCCAUUCUCUUUUCCCAAAAGAUUCUGUUCCACUCCAUUGAUGUGUUAAAUAUCAGAGAUGACAAAGUGCCUUUUGAAAAUUAUGCUUUUUAAAUUAUGAAAUGUUUCCUUUUGAAGAAGACAGUUCAUGAUAAGAGGUGUGAACAGCUUAAAAAGUCUGCCAAGAGAAUCUGAGCUAAAAAUCCUAUGUCACUUUCUCCUUACUUCUUUCUGGAAAUAACUGCCUAGUAUGAUACAUUUUUCCCCUUCUGUCAUGGAGCUAAAUUUGGACCUCUGACUGAGAUUGACAUUUUGAUUUGAACUGAAAAAUAUUGUGUCGUGUUUCAUAAUUUUGUCACUGACCACGCAACCCUGCCCCUGACCCAUUUCAAGUUUUGUUGUUCCUCACUGUUAAUGUGUUUAGCAACCUUCCAUGUGUCUUUCCUUUCGACACCUGGAAGAGCAAGUUGAUUGGGUGGUAGCCACUGUAAAUUCGGAUUAUAGAAAUGCAGGCGUCAUAUUUGCAAUUUACCUUUGGUGCUCUUGGGAGUAUGUACAUGUGAGGCUUUCUUACCUCUUCAAGGUAAUUAAUACAAUAUUUUGAUGGCGCAGUUAUGACAUGGAUUUAUAUAUACUGUACACUCGUGUACAGCUAGCAUUAGUUCAAAGUAUGAAACAUUGUCUAAUCUGGAAUAAGAUUUUAAAAUGUUUCCAGGGUUCUUUUACAGCUUGUAUCGUUGCUUUAUUUAUUUGCUGCAAAGAUAACAUGACCACAUUGGAACAAAUAAAGCUAUUUUGAAUAUAAA